UUUCACACAUCCCAUCAUCUCUAACCACCGACCUCAUUAAGAGAAAAACAGAGACACUCCUCUCACUCUCAUAAUUUCAUUUUCUUUCCAAAAAAAGCUCGAAUCUUCAAGAACAAAGAGAGACAGAAUUUAAUGGCGUUAGCGAAUAACUUAACGGCGAUACUCAACUUACUAGCGUUACUCUGUUCCAUACCCAUAACGGCGUCAGGUAUAUGGCUAGCUUCAAAACCCGACAACGAGUGUGUCAAUCUCCUCCGUUGGCCCGUCGUCGUCCUCGGCGUCCUCAUCCUCGUCGUCUCCGCCACAGGCUUCAUCGGCGCCUACAAGUACAAGGAAACUCUACUAGCGGUUUACUUGUGUUGUAUGGCGAUAUUGAUCGGACUUUUGUUGGUGGUUUUGAUAUUUGCUUUCGUCGUGACCCGACCCGAUGGAUCGUAUCGGGUUCCGGGUAGAGGUUACAAAGAGUAUAGGCUUGAAGGGUUCUCGAAUUGGCUAAAGGAGAACGUUGUGGAUUCCAAGAAUUGGGGGAGAUUAAGGGCUUGUUUGGCUGAUACAAACGUUUGUCCUAAACUCAACCAAGAGUUCAUCACCGCCGAUCAGUUCUUCUCCUCCUCUAAGAUCACUCCUCUCCAGUCCGGCUGCUGCAAACCACCGUCGGCAUGUGGCUACAACUUUGUGAACCCGACACUGUGGCUAAACCCGACGAAUAUGGCUGCAGACGCAGACUGUUACAUAUGGAGCAAUGACCAAAGCCAGCUUUGUUACAAUUGCAACUCAUGCAAAGCUGGUCUAUUGGGAAACCUUAGAAAAGAAUGGCGUAAAGCAAAUCUCAUACUGAUCAUCACAGUCGUUGUUCUCAUAUGGGUUUAUGUUAUUGCUUGUAGCGCGUUUAGGAAUGCUCAGACUGAGGAUCUCUUCCGCAAAUACAAACAAGGUGGUGUUUAGAAGUUUGGGCUAGAGGUUACUGGCUGCGGAAUCUAUCGUUCAUCACGGAUUGGAAUGUUGAUGGUGCGUUGAUAAGCCAAAAUGGCAUAUGACCAUGAACUCAUAGUGCCCUUCGUGAGUUCUCGAAAGGCAGUUUUCUUCACGUCUGUGGCUCUUACACUGCCUCUAGGCUGUAGAUCUCCUGAAUUGCAAGGCAAAUGAAUGAUUUCUGUUGGUGAUUAACAUAUAUGCAAGUAUGCGAUCGAGGAUAUACAUCACAUGCAUUGUUUUUUAUGUAAGGUUGAGUUAUGAUGCUAGAACAUUUUCUUUUUUUUGA